UAAUCAUCUUCAUCAAGUUGUUCUUCCUCAAUUUGGAAAGGACAAAAAUUAUGAAAGGAAAGAGCCAGGCGAGCUUCUGGAUGAAUCAUGGUUUUUCAGAAAUUUGUUCGACAGAAAACCAAAAAUGUCAAGAUGCCAUUCUGAUAGUUCCAUGCUUCGUGGAAAAUCAACGGAGGAAACAUUUUCUUCAAUCAAUAGAUUUGGGGAAGGUAAAACUUUAUUGUUAUUAUUGAGUCGGGAUGGCGGAAAAGGUUUGCAGAAAACCCCCUCGCUACCGCCAAUUGUGACGACAAUCAUCAAGCAAGAUUCAGAUCAUAAGGCAGAAACAAACGAGCCAAUAUUUCCAGAGCCGCUGCGUAACAACCUGUUAAGGGCACCAUCUCUACCAGUUUUUGCGGGCACCGAAGAUGACGAUGAUGAUGUUAAUGUUGAUGAUGAUGAUGAUGAAAGUGAUUUUUGUAUGGGAAAAUUGAUUAGGCAAGCUUCAUUAAACCAAUCCAAGCUUCUCCUUAGACAAACAUCAUUUAACCAUCCCAGAUUUCUCCCCCCUAGACAAACUCCCAAGGGUGUAAUAAGAAGUUGCAACAUCUCUACAUUAGGGAGUAAAAAACCCGAGCCAGAGAUCAUCGCCUCCAUUUCAGGAACUGAUUCAGAGGAAAGAAAAUCAAAUUGUGUCCAAAAUAAUUUGAAGACAAGAAAGGGUCAUUCCGGUCAAGAUAUUGAUAAUGAUUCGCAGGGAUUCAAGAAUUUGGGUUUGAACUGCCAUGAUGAAGAAAAGCUGCCACCCCUGAAGAGCUUUCAUGUGAGACUGAUGAGCAUUGUAUUGGAUGUUGAUGUUGAGCCAUCUACCACACCAUGGGAUGUUGCGAAGGCAUAUUUAUUUGUUCCUAUUUCUGGUUGUGAAUCUGUAAAUGGCAUUGAUUGGGAUCUUGUUGAAAAUAUAACUAAGACGGAUGCAUGGAGAAAUCCACUGCAGAGAGCUAGACCUGAUGUUUAUCUAGGCACCAAUGAGCAAGCACUUGGUGGAGAUAGAACGGAAUAUGGUUUCGGAAAGCUGCGCAAUGGAUUAGCUUUUGGGGUGAAAUCGCAUCAUACUUAUGGCAUUAGAGUUAUUGUAAAAAGAACGGGCACGAUAAAAACUCUUGCUUCUAGCUUCACGGGUAUCCUGAGGGCUGGGGAAGUCGUGGUUGGGGAGGUCGUGGACGAAGUCGUGGUCGCAGGGCCAAUACUGGUCGUAGCACAGCCACGGUGCCGCACACAGCACAUGCUGCAGCAGUGACUGGAGGCAGCGGACAUGGGCCAAUAUCGUUUGAAAUUUCACAUAAGGUUCUGCCUGUUUCCUCAUAAAAUCGUCAAGUUCGAACAAAUUUGUAAAGAAACAUUCAAUAUAUCAAAUAUUCAACCUCAAUUCUGCAAAAUUCUUAUAACUUACACACAAUACUAAAAUCUAAUCACCUAAUAAAAAACCAAGCAUAAACAAAGAAGAAAUUGAAGAACAACUCGAAUUCAGAGUUAAUACCAACAAACAACUAUAAAACUAUGGAAUUUUCGGACCUUGGCGCUGAAAUUUGUCAUCAGGUCGCCUUAUAAAUUGUCGCUGUUAUCGCUUUCCUCGUGCGUGUCUUCUCCCAUCGGAAAUCAGAGCCGGAGGGCUAUCCUCUCCUGCCGUGCUCCAUCUGGUCG